AUGGCCUUAGCAUUGUCAGUGUCAGGCCUAACUGGAGGGAUACUUCAAGGAGAGAAGGGAGGUGACAAGGAGUGUCGUCUCAGACAUGCAUGCAUGCACAUGCAUUCAAAAAGAAAUUUAGUGAGAAAGGAAAUGAAUGAGAAUAGUGUGAGCGCAGCUAGCGGAACUGAAGAUAGUUGUAGUGCGACACUUGGUGUUAUCGGGAGCAAUGCUUGGUGA